AUGGCAUUUCUCGGUUUCAUAUUCAAUCGUCCUAUCAACACUAUGAUUUGGUCAACGAUAUCGCUCGUUGCGCUACUCGCGCAACAGUCAAUUGCACAAACAGGAUCAGCUAGAGGAUCUGAUUUUCUUCGCUUUGGAUGUUCUCAGCUCGUCGUUGAAAGAACGGACCCUCUUGUCAACCCGGGACAAAUACCAUCACCUCAUAUGCAUCAGAUUGUUGGAGGAAGUUCUUUCAAUACUACGAUGGAUAUCAAAAAAGCGGACCCAUCAACGACAUCCAAAUGCACUUCAUGCAAGCUAUCUGAAGAUUUCAGCAACUACUGGACCGCUUCAAUCUACUUCAAAUCACCAGAAAACGGAACCUACAAACGAGUUCCUCAAAUGGCCAACGGCCGCUUGAACGGCACGCUUCUCGAACAGGAAGGAGGUAUUACAGUUUACUACAUGCAGCCCUUCAGCGGCACGAACAAAAAGACAACAGUCAUGAGCCCUGGCUUCCGCAUGCUCGUCGGCGACCCUUCCCUCCGCAGUAAACCCAGCGGCUCUCUCAAAAUCUGCCACCGCUGUCUCGCCAAGUCCGAGCGCAUCAUGGGUGGCAGUGGCGCGCCCUGCGACUCCUCCGACACCGCUGAGUUUCCCAAUAAACCGUGUCCCGGCGGCAUUCGCGCCACCGUCAUCUUCCCGUCGUGCUGGGAUGGCAAGAAUCUCGAUACCCCGGAUCAUAAGAGCCAUGUCGCGUAUGCCUCAGGCGCGGCGCUUGCUGGUGAUAAGUGUCCGUCUACGCAUCCUGUCAGGAUUCCGCAGGUUAUGUAUGAGAUUAUGUAUGAUACUUCGAGCUUUGCGGAUCCCGCGUAUUACAAAGAUGGAAAACAGCCGCUUGUUUAUAGUUUUGGUGAUACAACUGGAUACGGUGCUCACGGUGAUUACCUCUUUGGCUGGGUGGAAGGCUCGCUUCAGAAAGCUAUGGAUUCCCUGGGAAAACAGUGCUUUAGUGAGACUUGUCCUGUGUUGAAGUUGCAGUCUAGUCCGGAGGCUAUUGGAUGUACGAAGGCGCAGCAGGCUGUUGAGGAUGUUGGGACGGAUACUUGGCUCAAGGAGAUUCCAGGGAUGUGA